GCAAGAAACAGGAAGUGGGGAAGGUACAAUGAGGACACCACGUGGAAGUGACAGCAAGUGGGAUGUUGGGGCUUUUCUCUCAAAUCUCUCCGGGCCGAGAGAGGCUUGCCUCGUCCUGCCCCAGACGCGCGGCGUGCGUGGAUGCGAAGACAGGAGGGGACGCACGCGGGCGACUCUGAAGCCCGCCAGCACACGGGAUAUCGUACAUAUUCGCCACCCCCCUCACAGAAGAGGGGCACGCACAGCCCGGUUCCGAGUCGGACGCAAAGAAGCGAGGCCGUUGGCUGCGGACCUGAGAGUCCUUUCUCAAGCGUGGCGCCGAGGUCAUCGCACGGAGGGAGGGUUUGUCCUUUCUUGGAGUCACCGAUGGACCAGGCGAGAGACGUUUGAUUACCGAACGCUUUAUCCUACAGGAAGUGUACUUUUUGGACAGCAUGCAUUGAAACCACAUGGGAGGCAGAAGGUGGACUUUUUAAAGGCAUUUCAAUGAUUGGAUUCGAGUAUACGCCUUGGCAGGAAUCUAAAAUGGCCUGUUAACCAUCAUCCAGCAUUUAACUGACCAUCUUUGAUCCAAUGGAUUGAUAUUCACCUCGUUGCAACGUGGGCGUUCUCCCUCUCUUUUGUUGUUGUUGUUUUUUUUUAAAUUACAUGUGGACCGCUGCUGGACUUUUCUUUUCGUUUUCUUGUGUUUCCAAUCAUUCGACAUGGCUCAUCUCUGGCCUGUACGGGCCUGGACGUUGUUGGCAGCAUCGGGUUUUUUGAGCUGCUGGUGUGAUGCCGCAAGGACUAGCGCUUCCAGCAGGGGCGAGCAAGGAGCCUCAUCCGUGGAGCGAGUGAAGCGAGGAUGGGUGUGGAAUCAGUUCUUUGUGGUGGAGGAGUACACCGGCACGGAGCCGCUCUAUGUUGGAAAGAUUCACACCGACUCCGACGAAGGCGAGGGUAACAUCAAAUACACCAUCUCUGGAGAAGGGGCGGGCACCAUCUUCAUCAUCGACGAGCUGACGGGCGACAUCCACGCCACGGAGAGGCUGGACCGCGAGGAGAAGGCCUUCUACACGCUGCGGGCGCAGGCCCGCGAUAGGCUCAGUAACGACCCGCUGGAACCAGAGUCGGAGUUUGUCAUCAAGGUCCAAGACAUCAACGACAGCGAGCCCAAGUUCUUGGAGGGGCCGUACAUCGGCAGCGUGGCCGAACUGUCUCCUAUAGGCACCUCUGUUCUCAAGAUCACAGCGUCAGACGCCGAUGACCCGUCUUACGGCAGCAGUGCCAGAGUGGUCUACAGCGUGCCUGAUGGAGAAAAGUUCUUCACCGUGGGCAGGCACACAGGGAUCAUAAUGACAGCCGUGGCAGAUCUGGACCGCGAGACCCAGGAUCGUUACGAGCUGGUCGUCAAGGCGACCGACAUGGCGGGGCAAAUGGGCGGUCUCUCCGGCUCCACCACAGUGACCAUAGUGAUCACAGACGUUAAUGACAACCCGCCACGCUUCCCGCAGAAGAUGUACCAGUUCAUGGUGUCAGAAGGCGCCGCCAUCGGCACGCCGGUGGGACGGGUCAUCGCCACGGACGCGGACAUGGGGGAGAACACGGACAUGAGCUACCUGAUCCAGGAGGGAGGCGAGCUCUUCAAGGUGACCACCGACGCCAUGACCCAAGAGGCUGUCGUCUCCAUCAAGAAGCCAUUGGACUUUGAGAGCAAGCGCACACACAAUGUCGUGGUGGAGGCUGUGAAUAAGCACGCGGACCCUCGCUUCGUGGACCUGGGCUCCUUCCGGGACCAGACCAUCGUCCGCGUCAGCGUGUCGGACGUGGACGAGCCCCCGCUCUUUCAACCUGCCGAUGGCACCGUCAUGGAGGUGCAGGAGGACACCAGAGUGGGAGCGCUCGUUGGCGUCGUCACUGCCCGAGACCCGGAUGCGAAGAAUAAACCGGUCAGGUUCUCCAUCGAGCACAGUACGGACCAAGACAUGAUCUUCCACAUUGAUCCUGACUCGGGCGCCAUCAUGCUGGACAAGGUUUUGGACCGCGAGACAGCCGGCUGGCACAAUAUCACUGUCAAGGCCGUCGAAGCAGAUAACCACACCAUGGCGUCGCACUCGUCUGUGAGCAUUCGGAUUCUGGAUGUGAACGACAAUCCCCCUGAGCUGGCCACACCUUAUGAAGCCUCCAUAUGCGAAGAUGCCAAGGCGGGACAGAUAAUUCACACCAUCAGUGUGGUGGACAAAGACGAGCCGCAGACUGGACAUCACUUCUACUUCACGUUAGCCCCGGAAGCCUCCGGCAAUCGACACUUCGACCUGUGGGACAUCAAAGACACCACCGCCGGCGUCCGCACGCAGCGGUCGGGCUUCAACCGCCACGAGCAGAACGUCUACUUCCUGCCCAUCCUGGUGGGUGACAGCGGCCCCCCUUCGCUCAGCUCCACGGGCACCCUGACCAUUCACAUCUGCGGCUGUGAUACAGCGGGAACCAUCCAGUCCUGUAACGCCACAGCCUACGUCAUGAGCGCAGCGCUCAGCCCGGGGGCACUUAUAGCACUGCUGGUGUGCAUGCUCAUCCUCAUAGUCCUCGUCUUGCUCAUCCUGACCCUCAAACGCCACCGGAAAGGCCAGCGGAUGGCUGAGGACGAGGAGGACAUGCGGGACAACGUCAUCAAGUACAACGACGAGGGCGGCGGAGAGCAGGACACGCAGGCGUACGACAUGAGCGCCCUCAGGAACCUCUACGACUUCCCCGAGGCCAAGAGCGUCGCCGCCGCCGCCGCCGAAUCGGUCCCGGAUACAGGCACGCUGCCGCAGUGGUUGCAGGCGAGCCGCCUAGCGGGCGGGCCGGCCGAGGCGUGCUCGGCCGCCGACUUCUCACUCUUCAAAGGUUACAUCCGCAAAAAGGUGGAGCAGGCCGACGCCGAUCUGUCGGUGCCGCCGUAUGACUCGUUCCAGACGUACGCCUUCGAGGGCGCGAGCUCGCCCGCGCUGUCGCUCAGCUCCAUCCACACACUGUCCACCACGUCCGAGCAGGAUUUCUCGUACCUCAGUGACUGGGGGCCGCGAUUCCGCCAGCUGGCGGGCUACUACGCGCCGGGAAAGCCCGACGAGGACGGGUCCUAGCAGCGCGUCCCGUCCCGCAGAGAGACUGCUUCGAUAUAUCUCCUCUUUCUUUGUCCUGUGUUCUCCUAACGCACACGCAGCAAAAAGACCUCCUCGUCUCACUUGGUUUCCCCGACCCGGUUUUGGCUUUUUUUGAGCGACUUUACUUGGGAAUUGAGUGUGACAGCCGUGAGAGAAAAGGGACGGCAACGUCACGGGAUUGUCAAAGUGAAGGCGAAAGCAGCAGGAAAUGUCAAUCGUUGAAUGAGAGCGCAGGAACAUCUCUUCGUGUGGGCAAAAGUAUUGGGACGUACGUUUUCAUCAACCAUUUCAUCAAUUCGGGGGGUCGGACCGGAGCCAAAAAUCCGUUUUUCAAUAUUGGUUUCUCAUCAGCAGCGUCGCAGGUGAGCUGACUUUGGACAAGAGAAGCGGGUCGCAUCGCAACUCAAUCGCCGCGCACAAAUAAACAAUUCAAACUCAGACUCACAUCGAUGGAAAAUGUGGAGUCUUAAGCCUGCUUCACAAAGCAGGAUUUUUGGCCCGAUUUCGCUCUGAUUAGCGUGAUGGCUCCAAAGAUAAUCAAAUGAAAUAUUCCUGCCGCCGUGCGUGGUACGUUCGGACUGAUUUCGACUGCUCGGAAGGGCGUUUGAGCCGCUCUGAACUCAGAUUGGGGAUAUUCGACACGUCGGGUUGCUUUGGCCCGACUUUUCAACGUGGGCGGUGUUCCCCGAGGAAAAAGGAGCAACACGACCUGUUGACAGAGACGUGCAGCCUAUCCCAAAGUGAGGUGACGAGACGGCGAGGAAUCAAAGUUGGGGAAUCCAAAAUGAUGAUGACGAUCAGAUGAUAAGGACAGAGAGAGACGAGAAGACGAAUGGAAGCUCGGUGCAAUAAGACCGUUGAGGCCUGUGGCAAAGAUGAAGCUGUGACGAAGACGAUGAUCAACGACAACUACCAAAUGGCCAUACACCACGACCCCGACGACUCCCGAUGCUAUUCUUCUUGCAACUUUGGGAUACCUACACAUAAUUACGUUGAUGAGCCAUGAAAAUAUAUCCGCCCAAAGCCUUCUGUGACUGGAAUAUCCCACCAGAUUGUAUUUUUCCACGUCGCCACAACAAAGCGCUCUAAAGCGGCCAGGCCAGUGCGCCGCAGGCUGGCAGCCAUGUUGGCCUUUUUCCUCCGCUCUCGUUCUCAUCCAUCUGAUAUGUGCGCACUCAUGGCCAACAACGAAGCGCUCUAAGGCAAUCGAGCAUGUGAAGGAAAGAUGCAUUUUUGGAAAUUAGGCAAAGCUAGCUAGCUAGCUAAUUGCAUGUCCAGUUGCGUCAGAUAACAACUGAUUCCAACAAAGGCGCUUCCUGGAAAAAGUAGGGCGGGGGGUGAGCCAGAAAUCAGGAAAACUGUCAUGGUGAAAAACGGUCCAACGCUAUAUCGCCACAAUCGAGUACUUAAACUUUACCCAGCUGACUGACUU